AUGAAUGUAAUAUUAUCAACUUUAAAAAAUAAAUAUAUUGUUCAAAUAAUAGUUGGACAUGUGAACAAGAUCAAUUUAAUCAGAUCUGGAGUUUCAUAUAGAUUCAAUAACAUACCUUCAUUGAAAUGGGUUGUAGAGAAUGACACUGGUGAUCUAUUACAUCUACUUUGUAAACCAUCUUUAAAGGAUGGAUCAUUGCCACUAUCAAAGCUACAAGUUGGAUGGGCAACAUUGGACAUGAUCGUUGCUGUCUGUUCACCACAUCGCUAUCACAAAUCAAUCACCUUUAAAUUAGAAUCAUUUGAUACGAUAUUCAAAUUCUAUAGCCGAGCAUUCAAAUAUGAACAUCUUGCAGUUGAUGCUGCAUCAGAAUCGGGUAAUAUAGAGUUGGUGAAAUAUCUACUCGACCAAGGUACACCAUUCACAACCAAUGCAAUCGACUUUGCAUCAAAGAAUGGAUAUUUAGAAGUCAUCAAAUUAUUAUUACAAACUAACCCUAUUAAUCAUCCUAAUCUAUUUGAUGAUAAUGUAAAAUUUACAAAUCAUUCUUAUGAUUUGGCUGCAACUAAUGGACAUUUACGAGUGUUAUUUUUCUUUGAUAACUUGUUUCAAUUGUAUGAUCAAAAGAAAUCAAAGUAUAGAGUGGAAUUUACAGUUAGAUCUAUUGAUGGUGCUGCAAAGAAUAAGCAUUGGGACGUGGUCAAUCAUAUCUUGGAGAGAUAUUCAAAGCACAAGAAAUAUAGAUCCUAUUUAUAUAGUCAAGACUCGCUGAAAUGGUGUAUCGCUCAUAAUAAUUUGAAUCUUUUGAUUCAAUUGUUUGAUUACCCAUACCUAGACAAAAAGAAAUUGUUUGAAAAGGAUAAGUGGUUAAAAGACGGACUAAGGGAGGCUUCAGAAAAAGGACACAUUGACAUGAUUAGAUGGGUGUAUAACCAAAAACUAAUCAACUACAUACCAGAUAGCUCAAUGAUGGUAGCUGCCCAAAAAGACCAACUAGAGAUACUACGUCUCUAUUUUGAAAUGUAUAAUAACGAAAAGCCAGGUAGUGCUAUGAGGAUCUCAUUUCCUAUUUUCAAAGCAACUCAUUCGGCCAUCCAGCAGAGCCAAAAGAUAGAAACUUUUCAAUAUCUAUUCCAAAUCUAUCAAAGUAUCGCCACUACUACUACUGUCGAUCAUCAGAAUCUAUCGACUUUACCAAUAUUGGAAGCAGCCUUCAGACAUGGUUGUUUGGAGAUUUUAAAAUGGAUAGUACCUCUGAUUGGACAAAUCCCACAAGAAUGGCAAUCUUCAUGCAUAAGAGUGGCGGGGUUGAAUGGUAGAUUGGAUGUACUCAACUUUUUAGUUGACAACAUUCCUGGACUGAAAUUCAAACAAUCAAACUUGGAAGAUCUUUGUGGUUCUUCUUGUAGUCUGGAAUGUGUAAAGAGUAUCUUGUCGAUGGGUGUCGAACCCACUGUUCGAGCCAUCAAUAAUGCAUGUAUGAGGGGAUUUGACAACAUCCUAGAAUGUUUGUUAAGUUCGCCAGCAGCAAUGUCUCCUCGUCUCGUUCAUACUCUGCGAGGACCAGAAAACACAAGAAACUAUUAUGAAUAUAUCAUAAACUCUAGAUCACCCGGCAUGUUGCAGUGUAUUUUGGCAAUUGGAAAAGAAGGAUACGAGGUCACUGCCUCUGACUUGUACGUGGCAGUAUGGCAAGGAGACCUCAAACUGGUUAAAUACUUUAUCCAAGAGUAUCCACAUUUACUCGACUCAUCACAAGACCAACACUCGAUGGAUCAAGCCAUCCAGAGUUUGGUCCGAAACAGAAACUACCAGAUGGUAGAUUAUGUCCUCGGGUUGAAAUGUUACACCAGAGAAGACUUGGAGUGGCGACCAACCGAAAUGGAUAGGUUCAAUGUUGAGGAGAAUAUUUACCAGAUUCCAUUGGAAUAUGCCGACCUUCAAAUGCUUGAUAUCAUUCUACAGCGCAGACCAACUUUACCUUGUCCAAACGCCAAGAUUUUGCUCUCUCAAGGUUACUUUGACUAUUACGAUAAAAUUGAAAAAAGAAACAAACAACUUGGAUUGGAUGAUAGCCUAGUCAAUCAUUCCACAGGAUUUGCCAACAAAUGUUGGUUUUUUUAUGCAAUUAUCCUUGGUAAUAUUGAUUUAAUUCAUUAUCUAGUGCACUACUUGAAAAAGAUUCAACUACCGCCACCACAACCACAAGUGUAUCUUGUGCCUCGAAAGUGCUCAGCACGAGCUGCCAUGUAUUUAUCAUCUGAAGAUUUAAAACUCUACCCAAAAGAAUUCCAUCUUAGUGCCAAAAACAAUUUUAUAUUGCAAUUUGUUGCGACUGGCAAUUAUACAAUGUGUAAAUGCAUUGAAACUGAACUGACCCACAGUGUUCAAGUCUCACUAGACACGGCAGGACAACAAUCAAACAUAACAUUACUACGUUUAAUUUUCGAAAAAAAGAAAAAAAGUAUACCAUCUUACUUUUAUACAGCUGCAGAGUAUAAUAUAAAUGUAAUUAAUUUUUUUAAAAAAUGUAAAUUAAUAAAAUAA